GAUGACCCCAAACUCAUUUAUGAAAAGCCCUAUUUAUUUGUACUGGGACAAUUUGCCUAUUGAAAAGGUGAAAUUUCAGUUGAGCGGAACAUACCCUUUGACGUUUAUUUUCAACGGCAGAGGGACGACUUCUACAUCGUGGUUCCACCAAGCUAAUGCUAUUUCAAAUUCACUUGGUGCUCAUUCACUUUCAACAACAUAUACGUUCAAUAACAAUUUCAGUUACCCAGACUUUUAUAUCACGUCCACCGAAGCUCGGAUACAAGCCAAAAGACUAAGUGGAAUUGACGAAAAGUACGAUAUUUAUUUUAAAAAAGAUGGUAUUAAAACACUUGUGGAAACCCUGGUCAUCUCAGUAACUCUCUAUUAUUAGAUAGAUAGAUAGAUAGAUAGAGAGAUAGAUAGAUAGAUGGACAGACAGACAGACAGACAGACGGACGGACGGACGGACAGACAGACAGAC